CUAGUAUAAAAGGCGUCGAUCGGCCUGGUGAAACGUUUAGUCAAGGUUGAGAGAUCUCUUAUAUCGUGUUUAUUCACGCAACAUGAUCGGACUAAACAAAAAGAAGGUUCUAGUAUUUGGGGUGAGCAUCGUUAUAAUUCUAGCUGUGAUUCUAACGAUAAUCAUUUUGCUCGUUCCUGAUUCAGAAAAUGUGAAAUCGGAAAGUAGGAGGUCGUACUACGGAGUGUAUACAAAGGGUGCAGUAUCCACGAACGGACAAGAAUGUGCUCAGAUAGGUGCCGAUAUAUUGAGCAAAGGUGGUUCGGCUGUCGAUGCGGCUAUAGCUUCGCUUCUGUGCGAGGGAGUUGCGUCUUUACACAGCAUGGGGCUGGGCGGUGGGUUUUUAAUGACCAUUUGGGAUGCGACUACCAAAACCGCCGAUUAUUUGAAUGCACGGGAAGUUGCUCCAUCUGGCGCGCACAAGGACAUGUUUCAAAGCGAUCCUAAUUUAGCGAUGUUUGGCGGCUUAGCAGUUGCUGUACCAGGCGAACUUCUUGGAUAUUGGGAAGCCCAUCAAAAAUACGGGAAAUUGAAUUGGUCUACAUUAUUUGAGCCUACUAUUGCCUUAUGCGACACUGGAUCUCGUGUAAAUAAAUACUUGGCCUCAUAUCUGGCCAAUUACGAAUCAUCAAUAAAAGCGGAAAAAUCAUUGGCGGAAAUCCUCAUAAAUCCCAAGACCAAUUCAACCUGGAAGGUAGGCGACAGAAUAAAGAGGCCGCGUUUGGCAGAAACGUUACAGUUAAUUGCACAACAUGGACCUGGCAUAUUUUACAAUGGAAGCAUAGCUGAUAUUUUAGUCGAAGAAAUCAGCUCUUUCAAGGGUAUCAUCAAAAAGGAGGAUUUUCAAAAUUACACAGUAAAAUGGACGAAACCGAUCGAAACAACGAUUGGGAAUUUAACGAUUUAUACUGCACCGCCACCGGGUUCGGGAGCAAUCUUAACUUUUAUUAUGAACAUUCUCGGCGACAUGGCUCUUGAUCCUGGCAAUGAAAUCAUGUGGCAAACUGUGAUCGAGACUUUUAAAUGGGCUUACGCCAGAAGAACCGAAUUGGCUGAUCCGGAUUUUGUUAAUAUCACUUCCUUGCUUAAUAAUUUAACGUCCAUUGACUAUGCCAAGAUGAUUCGAAGUAAAAUUAAAACUAAUGAAACAAACAACGAUCCGAAAUAUUAUGGCGUUAAUAUGACUAUACCGGAGGAUUCAGGGACAUCUCAUGUUUCUGUCUUGGCUCCAGAUGGAUCGGCCGUAUCAGUCACAUCUACAAUAAAUCAAGUCUUUGGUGCGAUGAUACGUUCAAAAUUGACUGGGAUAAUUUUCAACGAUGAAAUGGAUGAUUUUAGUUCUCCAAAUAUAACUAAUGGAUUCGAUGUACCACCUUCACCAGCGAAUUUUAUUCGGCCUGGAAAAAGACCUAUGAGUUCUAUGAGUCCAACUAUUGUUGUAGAUAAAAAUGGAGAUGUUCGUUUAGUAAUUGGUGCUGCAGGUGGUACUAAAAUCACUACUGCAGUUGCAUUAGCAAUGAUAUUAAAUCUUUGGUCGGGAUAUAACGUAACUCAAGCUAUUGAUACAGUUAGAAUUCACCAUCAGCUAUUACCAAUGAUUAUUCAAAAUGAGAAAGGAUUUCCUCCAGAUAUAUUGCAUUAUUUAAGCAGCAUCGGACACAACAUUACAACUUACUCGGGAAUUGGUAGUGCAAUUACAGCUAUUUCUAAACAAAACGGUAAAAUACUUGCUACUUCUGAUUUUCGUAGAGAAGGAAGAACUGCUGGUUUUUAAGUGAUUGAUUGAAAUACAUCAUUGAAAAAUAGUGUAGAAAUAGGGGAAAAACUUAGAUAUGAUUAUAAAAAAAUAUUUUUUCCAACUA